GCCAGAUCCGGCGUGCGAUCCCGGAGCGCGGCUCCCACUGGCAAGUAACACACUGGUUGUCAGUCGUCGAUAUCCUCUCGCCGGAGGAGAUGGCCCCUUAGCUCUUGUCUAGAACGUCCAUCAUUGCUCAGACCAACAGCCGACGGAAAUCAUGUCCGGAAGAGUUGCAAGACGGUCCUCAUCCCUCGACGCGGAGUAUCAGCCGAUACCUCAGGCCCCUGCAGUCGAUGAAGAGGAUGGUGUGGACAUCCUAGAGGACGCACAGGAAGUCGUCGUGGACGGCAAGAUACGCGCGAUUUACUUCGUGCUCGGGUGUGCCGUUCUCCUGCCCUGGAAUGCAAUGAUCACUGCCACUCCAUACUUUAUGUCCAGAUUGGACGGGACAUCUCUGAAAGCGUCCUUCAGCUCGUACCUAUCUAUGGCUUUCAUGGUGCCGAACCUGAUAUUCCUCGGUCAUGCGACCGCUACAUCGAAGCAGUCUUUGAGCACAGGUCGUAUAUCAUGGUCACUACUGCUCAUAGCCUCCGUGACCGCUGCUCUUACGCUGAGCACCUGGAUACACAUCCAUCCCGGACUCUUCUUCGCCCUCAUACUUCUCGCUGCCAUGCUCAAGUCGGCCGCCGGGUCAUACCUGCAGAGCUCAGUGGUCGCACUUGCCUCGUUGUUCGGGCAUGAGGCCAUGCAGGCCGUCAUGUCCGGGCAAGCUGCGGUUGGUGUCGCCGUGAGCGGCGUUCAAGUCCUUAGCGCCGCUGCAUCGACGCACCGCGUCCCGCCUCCUCCGCCUCAGACCAGGGAUGACGACCCUGCGAGGACUCCCGAGGAGGCGUCUGCGUCUCUUUUCCUGUUCGUCACAUACGCGGUGCACGUUUGGCUCAAGACUUUGCCCGCAUACAAGCAGUCAUUGCCCGACAGCGAUCCCCCUUGGAGCCCAGACGAGAGGCGAGGUCUGACCCAGAUGCUCCGUCUGGGCAGGAUCAACCUACCAUACAACUUCGCCGUAGCUUACGUGUUCAUGGUCACCCUGUCCGUCUUCCCGCCGAUCACGGUGUCCAUCCAGUCGACCAACCCGGACACGCACCCGCUCCUCUUCAGCGCGUUCCACUUCUUCGUCUACAACGUCGGCGACCUCACCGGCCGCACGCUCUGCUCCUUCCCGCGGCUGCACGUAUGGUCCGCGAAGCGCCUCCUGACGUUCUCGCUCGCGCGCACGCUCUUCAUCCCGCUCUUCCUGCUGUGCAACAUCCAGUGGGCUUCGCCGACCGCGGUGAAGCCCGUGAUCACGUCCGACGCGCUCUACAUGCUCAUCCUGCUGCUGUUCGGCGCCACGAACGGGUUCACGUCGAGCAUGUGCAUGAUGUCCGCGCCGUCGGUCGCGCACAACCCGCGCCUGAAGGGCCGCACGGAGGACGUGGACGUCGCCGCGACGGUGGCGAGCUUCUGUCUGGUGAUCGGGUUGACGAUGGGGAGCGUGGCGAGCUUCGCCGUCAGGGCGAUGGUGUGCAACUGUAAUCCAUUCCGCAAUUGAUCAGCAACGUGCAGAGAAGGACGUGCGAUCCAGCCUUGGUUCAUGUCGGGAAUUACUUGGACGACCAUCUCUUGAUACACCUAAUGCUAGAAUAAUCGAGUGUUUGGAUGUAAUCAUCCGCAACUGUCGUCAGCCAUUACGCUACAACAUCUUCCAGCUUCCGGGCUUUCCGGUGGCUCCCUCGGCCACCGGGUUCUACGUUGGUUGGUCAUUGUGUCGCGGAAGAAACCUCGAGGCAGGAAGGCAAGUACUCGGACCCUUUCGGAACGGCAUCCUCAACAAACAUCCUUCCACUGGCUCUUCCGACUGCGUGCUUGAAAUCAAUUCGCAACUU